AUGAAUGCCGCUACUUCAGCCUGGUAUGACACAAUAAUUGGUGUUCCAGGACAUCCAUUCUCAUUCAAUCUCGCCGCUGAACUACGCCCUCCACCCGCCUUAUACAUAAUAGCCCCUCCCUUCGGACCCGACGCAGCAUCACUCCUUAACGUCGGAGCUUACUUUCUCCGCAUGAUCAGCUUCACCAAGCCCCUCAGCCUUGAUGUCCCCCUGGAUGCAUUGAAGGAGCUGGUCGGGGUUGAGAAUGUGACUGCAAAUGUUGGAUGUUAUGGACAUCUUUUCUCGCCUCUCCUCGAAGAGUGCGUUACCGUACCUGGUACGAGCCAGCCCGGCUAUUGCGUGGAGUACUUCAUGCAGGAGCCAGAUAGCUCUGGGAGCAUCAAACCAUUGGUUACCACAACAACGACGCAAGCACAAAUGUACUUUGCUGAUAACCUGCCGGAGGGAAUCAGUGAGGGGUACUGGGUGCGAGUUUCGACUACUUACACUGCGGAAGAAAGUGGCAUGAUCCAGCUAGGCUUGUGUGUCCUCGGAAAGGGCCGGCUAUACAUUGAUGGCGCUGAGAAGAUCGAUCUCUUCACAAGCCAGCCAGAAAAGACUCUACAGACGCCCAUGUUCAACCAAUCCAGCAUGGAAGGCACCACCAUCCUCGAUGUGAAGAAGGGCCAAAAGUACCAGAUUGUUGUUCUCUUGCAGAACGAGCAGCUGACACCUGGUGUUGGUGCCUUGAAUGCGGGUGGCCUACGCAUCGGCUGCUGUGAGCACUUCAACGCAGCCGCGAAGCUAUCAGAGGCCGUGGAACUGGCUCGAUCUGUCGACUACCCCAUUGUUAUUGCUGGGCUCAAUGCCGACUGGGAGAGCGAGGGGAUGGAUCGAAAAUCACUUGCCUUGGCUCCGCAAGUUGACCAACUUUUUGAAGCUGUUCUCGCAGCCAAUCCCAACACUAUCAUCGUCACCCAGGCUGGAUGUCCCAUUGCUCUUCCAUGGGUAGACUCGGCCAAGACUCUGGUGCACGCCUGGUAUGGCGGCCAAGAGACAGGCAAUGCAAUCAUGGAUGUUCUGUUCGGGAAAGUCAAUCCCAGCGGCAGGACUAGUGUUACAUUUCCCAAGAGACUAGAGGACACACCCGCUUUCUUGUCAUUUGGCAAGGUGGAUAAAAUGCUGCACUACGGCGAGAGCGUGUUCGUCGGGCAUCGUUACCACGAGAAGCUCCAAAAUCCACCGCUCUUCUACUUCGGGUAUGGGCUGUCGUACACCACGUUUGCGUACUACGGUUUGAAGGUUCCCAAGAAUGUUGAUCUGGCCAACCAGAACACGUUCGAAGUAUCUGUCAAGGUGCAAAACACAGGCACUCGCGACGGGUCCGAGGUCAUUCAAGUUUACGUCUCGGACCUGGCAAGCUCCGUUCAAAGACCUGCAAGGGAGUUGAAGGGCUACAGCAAGGUCCAUAUUCCAGCCGGCGGUACUGUGGAGGUUGCUAUCACGCUAGACAAGUAUGCGCUGUCUUUCUACAGCCAAGAGCAUGCGCAGUGGUUGGCAGAAAAGGGAACGUUUGAAAUUAUCAUCGCCACGAGCGCUGACCCUAAGGAUGAGAUCCUCCGGCAACCCUUUGAACUUGUUGCCGAUUAUCUUUGGUCUGGUUUGUGA